AUGUUUGCUGCGACUGCAGCUGCAGAUGAAAACCCUUCAAGUGCCAUAGUGUGUGGAAAAAGUCCAGUUGCCACUGGCACGAGGAUAGUAGGAGGUCAAAAUGCAUCAGCUGGACGUUGGCCCUGGCAGGCUAGCCUUCGUCAGUUUGGCAGACAUAUCUGUGGAGCUUCUCUAAUCAACAAAGACUGGGUGCUGUGUGCUGCCCACUGUGUUGGUUUUCCCAAAAUUAUAUUGACCGUGGUUUUGGGGCAACAGACCCAGCAAGGCAGCAACCCCAAUGAGGUGUCCAGAAGUGUGAAGUUGAUCAUCAAACAUCCCAGUUAUGACCCUAAUACAAAUGACAAUGAUAUCGCUCUGCUCAAACUGAGCUCUUCUGUCACCUUCACUGACUUCAUCAGACCUGUGUGUCUGGCAGCCGAUAACAGUGUGUUCCACAGUGGCACAGAGAGCUGGAUCACUGGAUGGGGAGUCACUGCUGAAGGUGAGUCCCUAUCCCCUAAUAUUCUACAGGAAGUGGAGGUUCCAGUAAUUGGUAACAGACAGUGUAACUGCCUCUAUGAAGUUGGAACAAUCACAGACAACAUGAUCUGUGCUGGUCUACUGGAAGGAGGCAAGGACUCAUGUCAGGGAGAUUCAGGGGGUCCAAUGGUGAACAGACAGAACACUGUAUGGAUCCAGUCAGGUAUUGUUAGCUUUGGGAAAGGCUGCGCUCGACCUAAUCUCCCUGGAGUCUACACCAGAGUAUCACGCUAUCAGGAAUGGAUCUCCUCCCAUGUAUGCAGCGAUCCUCCAGGUUUUGUCCAGUUUAUCUCCACUGGAGCUGAUUCUGACAAUACUUACUCUUGCUCUGGCCUACCUCCUCUUCCGACAUCAACUGCAUCUACAUCAAGAACAACCUCUGCAAGAUCUUCUUCAAAACAAAAUUCAAUCUCAUAUUUUCUGUUGCUUAUUGCAAUACUGUUCUCAUUUCAUAUGUAAACACAUUCAUAAAUGUAGCCAACAAAGAUCUUAUAACAUAUGUAGUCGUCCAAUUACAUAUACAAUAUGUAAAA